CGUAGCAAAAGAAGUAGGCGGGUGUCCAAUCAGCAGCUCUCAUUCACGUAGCUGCUGGCAACGUUAGCGGCUCAGCAGCCGAACGGUGUCACAUUGUGGGCCAGACGCGAAAGUCUUCCGCGCAAAGUCUCGGAUUCAUAAGAAGGCUCGUAACUUUGUACAGAAGCAGCCACCAUGGCAGAAGCUCACCAGGCAGUGGCCUUUCAGUUCACUGUCACCCCAGAUGGCAUCGACCUGCAGCUGUGCCACGAGGCUCUGCGCCAAAUCUACCUCUCUGGUCUUCACUCAUGGAAGAAAAGAUUCAUUCGCUUCAAGAAUGGAGUUAUGACUGGCGUGUACCCAGGCAGCCCUGCUGGCUUCAUGGUUGUAGUCGUUUCUUACAUGUCGUACAAUAAAUACAAACAGCUGGAUCCAUCUCUUGGCUUGAUUGCUAAACUGGGACAACACAUGCCUAUUAGUAAAUAUAUGUCCACAGACACUCAGAAGAUUGUUGGUGGGGUCUUGGUGGGCACAGGUCUAUGGGUGACCAUAAUCAUGAUCAUGAGGAAUGUCCUCAAGUGCCUCUUGUCGUGGCAUGGCUGGAUGUAUGCACGCCACGGCUCUGUAUCCUGGUCAACUCGAUUGUGGAUGUUGUUGGUUAAGGUGUUCUCUGGAAGGAAACCAAUGCUCUAUAGUUUCCAGAACUCUCUGCCGCGGCUACCUGUUCCACCUGUUAAGGAUACCUCCAGAAGGUACCUAGAGUCGGUCCGCCCACUAAUGGAUGAUGAACAGUUUAAACGGAUGAAGGGACUAGCGAAGGACUUUGAGAUGAAUCUGGGUCCUAGACUGCAAUGGUACCUAAAACUGAAGUCGUGGUGGGCCUCCAAUUAUGUCAGUGAUUGGUGGGAAGAGUAUAUUUACCUUCGAGGUCGAGGGCCCAUCAUGGUGAACAGCAACUACUACGCGAUGGACUUCCUUUAUGUAUUCCCCACUUCAAUUCAGGCUGCCAGAGCAGGUAAUGCCAUUCAUGCUAUCAUGCUGUACAGGAGGAAGCUGGACCGAGCCCAGAUCAAACCAAUAUACUUGCUGGCAAACAAGGUUCCUCUGUGUUCGGCUCAGUGGGAGCGGAUGUUUAACACUACCCGCAUCCCAGGUUUGGAGACAGAUAUCCUUCAGCACACCAAUGAGAGCAAACACAUAGCCGUGUACCACAAAGGCCGAUUCUUCAAGGUGUGGAUGUUUUACGAUGGCCGACUUCUGUUGCCGCGGGAGAUCGAACAGCAGAUGGAGAGGAUCCUGGCUGACAAGUCUGAACCCUUGCCGGGAGAGGAGAGGCUCGCUGCCCUUACUGCGGGGGACAGGACCCCAUGGGCAAAGUGCCGCGACGCCCACUUCGGCCGUGGCAAGAACAAGCAGUCUCUGGACGCCAUCGAGAAGGCGGCCUUCUUUGUGACCCUGGAUGAAACGGAGCAGCGGUUCGAAGAAAGCAGCCCAGUCAAGUCUCUGGAUAGUUAUGCGAAGUCUUUGCUCCAUGGAAAGUGCUACGACAGGUGGUUUGAUAAAUCCUUUAACCUGAUAGUUUUUAAGAAUGGCACCAUGGGUCUGAAUGCUGAGCACUCCUGGGCCGAUGCUCCGGUCGUCGGUCAUCUGUGGGAGCAUGUGCUCUCCAUGGACCCGUUUAAGCUUGGAUAUACCGAAGACGAGCACUGUUGCGGCGAGCCGCAUCCCAGCCUGCCUGCCCCCCAAAGACUGCAGUGGGAUAUUACUGAUGAGUGCCAAGGGAUCAUCGACUACUCUCUGACAGUUGCCAGGACUCUGGCCGAUGAUGUGGACAGCCACAUUUUCCCCUUCAAUGAUUUUGGCAAGGGUCUCAUCAAGAAGUGCCGUACCAGUCCCGAUGCCUUUAUCCAGAUUGCCCUGCAGUUGGCUCAUUACAGGGACAAAGGCAAGUUCUGCCUGACCUACGAAGCCUCCAUGACUCGUUUGUUCCGCGAGGGCCGAACCGAAACGGUGCGUUCCUGCACCGCCGAGACGUGCGCCUUCGUUCAUUCCAUGAUCAGAGAUGAGACCAGAGAAGAACGUCUGAAGUUGCUCAAACUGUCAGCAGAGAAGCACCAAAACCUGUACCGCCUGGCUAUGACUGGCAUGGGCAUCGAUCGCCACCUCUUCUGUCUCUACGUGGUUUCCAAAUACCUGGGAGAAGACUCACCCUUCCUCAAGGAGGUCCUGUCUGAGCCAUGGAGACUCUCCACCAGCCAGACGCCGUUGCAGCAGGUGGAGCUGUUUGACCUGGUCAGACACCCCGAGUACGUGUCCUCCGGAGGCGGCUUUGGACCGGUGGCUGAUGAUGGUUACGGUGUGUCAUAUAUCAUCGUUGGAGAAAACCUGAUCAACUUCCACAUCUCCAGCAAACACUCCAGCCCAGAAACUGACUCGCACCGCUUCGGUGGCAACAUCAGACAAGCCAUGUUGGACAUCCUCAACCUCUUCCAGCUUGAGAACAAAGCUUCCAAGUGAAGGGCUUUCUCUGGUGGAUCUAAAGGCGUGCGUUCUUCCUGAAGCUGUACAGAAUCAAAUAUAGGGUCGGGUUAUUUUCCUUCAUGUUACAGUAAAACAACUGCAUAUUUGAGAUGCAUUUACAAACCUGGCUUUCAUUUUAUUUGUGAGGUGUUUAUGUGGACUGUAGGCAUAUGGCAUAUUGUGGAUUGUAUUGGCGUUUGCUCCAGGUAGUGCGCAGAUCAACGUUUCUCUUCACGGGACUGUACGCGCCGGUGCCUUAGUGACGGUGAAGCAUUUGUGUAGAAUGGGCGGAAAGGGAGGAGAGGUCCGACCGAGCUGACAUCAGUUUUAUCUCCCCGUAUCUGAAGCACGAAGCCGUAUGGAAUAUUUAAGGUUUUUACGUUGCGAUGUAGCGCGAGGUCGUUUGCUGCUUUGUUCCUUUGUUUGAUUUCUUAUUCGGGCUUCUUUCACGAGUUGCAGUUGCACGCGACUGUCCUGUCAAACCUCAACAUCGUGCUGAUCGGCAACCAUUUCAAAACUCCCGAUCAGGGUCGGGCCAGUGAGCGAGCGCGAUUGUAGAAACUGUUGCAGAAGACAGCCGUGUCCGUCGUUCGGCCCCACGAUGCCUUUUGGAAUCAUGCCCAUUCUAUGAACUUGUUGCGUUUGAUUGUAUGACGUAGCGACAAAUGUUUGUCUUCAUCCUCAGGUUUUGCUAGUGUGGCGUACGUAAUAUUCACGGGGCAAGCUUUUAUUUCGAGCAUGUACAUGCGCAGCAGCAGUUGAGAUGCAGUACGAUGCGGCCAUGAUGAGCCGUAAUCGGGGGGGAAAACGGUCCCUCGCAUAUUGACAGCGCGUGCCACAAUUGUUCAUUAACGAGUACGCCGUUCACUCCAAGAAUGAGAUGGUUUUAUCACGCGACUUGAAUUUCAAUUAUUUAGUUGUCACAUCGCGGUGUAUAGUUGCAACUCAUCACCCAUGGAACGCAAAACGGGGUUUGUAUAUUUCUCCAGUCCUUCAUGAAACACCCACACGGAGCGGUUGUCUCGCAUAGGGCUGCGUUUCUUAUGUGUAUAUGUUGUCAGUACAUUUUAUUAAUUUUUUUGGCCAGGUUCGAGCGACGCACAACAAACGGCUGUAGACAUGCAUUUUUACCACGCCUCUUUACUUUUCUGGUUGAAGUCUAUUUUUGACGGCCUUUGCCGUUAUGUAAUUGUAUGAUUUAUCAGUACACCGUGUUUACACUGCUACAUGGUUUUUGAAGAUGAUGCUGUAUAUGUUCGCUUCUAAUUUAAGGUAAAAUUGAUGAGCAGCUGGUGGAUACCAAAACAAGUUUUAACAAUAAAGUGAAUGUCAAACAGCUGUAUGAGAA